AUGGCGCUAGAUCUUUUGUCAAUUCCAGCAAUGUCUGCCGAACCAGAACGCCUCUUCUCUGACACCAAGAUCACCCUCCAAGAUCGCAGAAAUAGGUUGGGAAUUGGCAUAAUUGAGGCAAUUGAGUGCAUAAAGUCCUGGUCAAAGACUCAUCUGGUGGCUUGGGUUGACGACAUUGGACUUGUUUUGGAUACAGAAGCAAUGAAUGAGGAUGAACAGCAGGGGCCUUCUAACAUUAUAUCUGACAACAUGACUGUAUGA